AUGAAGAAGAAUCAAGCGGGGAUGACGAACGCUUCCACGAUCGUGAGGCAUUGGAAAUGGUCCGACGAAUGGAGGAAAAAUACGGGGUUCGACUUUUGAGGGAAAUUGGCUGUUAUUUAUUGAUUUGAAGGGGAAAGGAAAAAAAGAAGAAGAAAGGUAGAUUUGGCGUAGAAGACGACUUUAUCGACAAAUCCGCUGGCUACGAUUUGGAAGACGCCUUCAUCGACGACAGCGAAGCAGUCAGCUUUUUUGUUGAUUUCAAACUAGAAAUGAAAUAAGAAUAAUAUAGACAUUCAAAAAGGACAUUCAGUACGACGAGCUCGUUCCGUCGACGAUGGACACUGCAAAAGGAGGAUUCUACGUGAACCGAGGGAAGCUGGAGUUCAAGCAGAAGCAUGUGGACGAAGAUGAAGACGAGGACGACGAGGAGGACGGCUCUGAUUCCGACGAAGACGUCCCGAAAGCCAGGCAGAAAGAAAAGAAGAAGGUUGCUGUGGCAAGCGAAUCCGACGACGACAUGGAAGACGAUGAGGUGGGAAUAGUUUUAGAUCUGAACUAUUCUGAAAUAGUUCUGUUUUUUCUUUCCUUCUUGUUUUAAUAAUCUGCAUAGUUGUUCGAAAACGAGUAAUUUUGCUGAAAUCAAACUCUAUUUAUUAUUCCCUUUGUUUCUGUUAUUUUUUUAAAUGAGUAUUUCUUCUUGCAGCCUACUUCUUCAACGGCAGCCGCAAAGAAAGAGAAAGAAAAGUUGGCGAAAAACGAAAAAUCUCCUUCCGAGGUCGUGACGAGACCUCGAAUGACAGGGGCGCCACCGAUGAAGGUAAAAAAAGAAGAAUUUUCACUUUUUUUGUUAAUUCGAUCGAAGCUGGGUGUUUUUUCCCGAGUUUGGUUUAACGCAAGCAAGUCGCCCAUUUUUUCCUAUUGUUUUGAUGAAGUUUAAAUUUUUUUAAAAGUUUUUCCAAAAGCUUGUAUUUGAGUUAUUUCAUACUGAUGUAACCGCAAAUCAUUGAAUAAGAGAACUCGAUAAAAAUUUCAUGUCAAAACCGUUAGUUUUUGAGUUAAAUUGUACUGUUUGCAGAGGGUUAAUAGCGAGACGCCAAAAAUGAGUCAGGAAGCGAAUCCGAAAAAGCGAAGGCUUGCUGGAAUGCCGCCAACGUUGAACCCGAAAAGAUCUGCUAGGGGGCCGAGGUUCUUUUCAAAAUAUAUCUUUUUUUCUAUUUCAAUGUUGUUUCAGUCCUCUUACAACCCAAGAAAACAACAUUUCCACGGCCGGAUCGUCGAAGGCCGAUGCUCAAAAAGUGAAAAAAAUCCUUUUUCCAAUGGUUAAUGUUAUCUGGGAAUUCCUUUUCUGUGAAAGAAAUGGACUUUUGGACUGUCAUUCACUAGGCCCAUGAAUCUUUCACAUAUGUUUUUUUAAAAUUACACUUACGAUUAUUUUGAGAAAUGUUGAAAAAAACGAUUUUCAAAAACCGAGUUAUUUCAUAUAGAAUAUGAAUGUGCAAAAAAAGCAAGAUGUAAAUAUUUUGAUUACUGUAUAGAGAAGAGACAGAAAGAGAAAAAUUGAGAAAAGCUGGAAGUUCACUUUUUGAUCAAUAAUACUGGUAAGACGUAAAUCAAUUAAAUUUUGAAUCAACUAGCUUUGGAAUGAGACUUUUCAUGCUAAGCAGAUAAUUAUGAAAUGAUUGAGACAAUGAAACAACAUUCACAGGCCUUGUCGGAUAGUUCGACGUCUUCUGAAGUCGCUCCGAAGACGAUUCCUCCCGCGGCUGUUCUGCCUUCCUCUUCUUCCGCUCAUUCUCUUUCCAAGACGGCGUCGUCGGAUUCUGCAAAGUCGACGACUCCGGCGAAUCCGUCGAUGACGUCCAACGUCUUUUCAAGUAUCCAGGAGUCUCCGGUUAUUUUUUCCCUUUUCUUUUUAGUUUUUUUUUUCAAGCUUCUCGAACUAAUUCGAGCGCAGUCUUUCCACUUUUUCGAACGACAAAAACAUGACAUUUAGGCAUGAGAAAUUAUCGAAAAUCUACGAAAAAAAUUUUUUUGGGAUACUCAUUUUUUGAAGAAUAUCUUGAAAAAAUUUCUGUAAAAAAAUUUUUAUCAAUAAUAAUAACCUUUUUGUGAAAAGUUGUUAUAUUUUUUUAAUCUAUGGGAUAUUUUUUUGAGUAUAAUAAAUUAACAUCGGCUGAAUACUUCAUCUUGAAAGCUAUGAUUUUUUUAUACUUUAGUUCGCUUAUAAUCUUCAGGCGGUGAUAAUAGAGAAUAGCUCAAAAAAAAGAACUGAAGAAAUGUUUCAAAAGUGUUUUCAAUGCCAUUUGUUAUUGAAUGAACAAAAAUAUCUAGAAAAACUUCUCAAACGCAAAUUUUUGUUUUGCAGACGAAAAGAGGUCUUCCGCCAUUGAGCACGGCACUGGCACAGAAAAUCGAAUUUUUCAAAUUAUCGUGCGAAGAAAUGGUGAAGAUGGGCCGGAAAAGGCUUCAGGACGCCCAAAUCGAUCUGCUCAUCGAGAUCCAGGACGAAAGCCUCCGAGAGACUCUCAGCGCGCACGAACGCUCACGGCUUCUCCAGAAUCUGGCCGACUUCUGCGGAACCCACAAAAACACCGUCAAACACAAGAUGGACACCCGUCGAGCGGUCCGCAAUUUUGAAUAGAACUCGGAAAUCGCUUUUGACAUUCACAGGAAACGGAAAAUGAUUUUAUUCAGCAUGAUUGCGGAGAUUUGUUUCGCAUAUUUAUGGGAGCAUAAUUAACAAGUAUGGUUUUCAAAACAGAAGUUUCAUUCGUCAAAAUAGCAUAGUCUUACAUUCAAGUAUAAUAUAUUAUAGUCUGUGCGCAACAACUUGAAAUUUCACCGAACGACAUUCCGCUGUUCCGCUGCGCGCCUUUGCGAGCCUUGGUCGCGCUUUUAAUUUUUUUUUUCUUUCAUCAAGGUACUCUACUUUCAUGUGCUCCCACAGCAAUAACAAUCAUUUGAAAGUAUGACCUAGAUUCGAAAGACGCUUCGCGAACGCAUGCAGCGGAAUGUCGUUCCGUGAAAUUUCAAUUCGUGGCACACAGACUAUACAAACGUUAUUUUUUCAGGAGAAAACGGCCAAAGGAACGCCGGACGACGACGUUCAAAUUGUAUUCAGAGAGUGUUGUUAUUCGAAAGAUGAUCCGUUGAUUCAGCUUGCGGGACCUUCGAGGACGGCAGGCGGAGCAGUGGCUAAGCCGACGACGUCUUCAGCUUCCUUCGUCGCUCCGAAAACUCCGGUUUCGACCCCUCAGAAGACGGCUGGCGUUGAGGGACAGGGCACGAAAGUCUUCGAGAGAAUCCCGCUUUGGACGCCGCAAGACAAACAUGUUAGUCAUCGGGAAAAUAAGUAAUUUGACUUACUUUCAAUAAAAAGAGAAAAAAAUAAAUGAAUGACAGAUUGUAUUUUUCAUCGGGUUGACCCAAAAAUAUGGGCGUAGCAUAUUUGGUCAAAAAAACAACAGCGAAUCGAAAGCAGGCUUUUUGCAACCAAAUUUUUUGAAAUUGUGCACCUAAAGUGCGCAGUUUGUUCAUUAACAGCUUCUCGCCCUUUAGAAAGUUCGAAACAACAAUUUUUUUGGCUACUUAUUGUAUAAAAUCAUUAUUUCAAACAAUCAAUUAUGAACGUUAAUAAGAAUUUUCAUGGCAGAUUAUAUUUUUUCAGCUCGCAAACACUUUGAUCUUGCAACUGAGGCGAACGGGUACGAAAAUCACAGAUUCGCAGAUUGUUUUGCUCCAGUCGCAAAUCACCGCUCAAAACUGGUCGAUGCAGACUUUCAUUCAACAGUUGUUAGUUGGAUAUCAUUUUGAACGGGUUUUCCGAUAGAAGAAGUUUCUUUUGUUGGAUGAUGAUGUUAUAUCACGCUUCAUUGAACUCAACAUAUAACUUCCUUUUGAAUUCAGACACAAUCUGUUGCCCCUAGCAGAAGCUUCGAAUAUCCGGACGGCGGCGCCGGUGACGCCGAAAAUAACUCUGUCGGACGCAGCGAAGACCCCUCUUCUCUCCAGUUCUACUGCUGGCUCUGCGGUUUGUUUAUCCCUUAGAAUCAAAAACCUUUCUCCUCAUGCAUUCGAAGGAAACAAACUUGAAGACAUUCUGGAGGCUGCAUUAAAUAUAUCUCGCUUUUUGUAACUUUUUUUUUGCUGAUUCCUACCGUCGAUAUGUUCUUUUCAUAUGGCUUUCAAAAUUAUUUUGAAUUGAACGCUGAUUUUUUUUUAAUCAAAAAGGAAAGGGGUCGAAUUACCGAUCUGAAUUCAACUAGCUCGAACAAAAAUAAUAAGCCUGGUUCUCUUUUUCGGAUGCUGCCUAACUGAUCAAGUGGUUCCUCCGGCUAUCGGUGAAUGAACUCACUUAUGAGAUAAAUUUUAUCAUUUUCCCUUUUUCAAGUUGAAUGUCUUGAUUUUCCUGACGGAAAUUGUUCCAAUAACAAUAACGUGUUGAUUUUGCCUCUUGCAAAAUGGGUUUCUUCAGGGCACUAGGAAGCCAAGAAUCUCGUUGGCGAGUGCGAUGGAAGAAUCUCAGCAUCUUUACAAGUUUUUGAGCAGCAACCCGCCAGACGUUCUCCUCUCCGACGAGGCCAUGAAGAACAAAUGUCUCGAAUUCUCGCAACGAUCUCUCAGAGGUUGCUCGAAACCGAGUUCCUUGAAGGAAAUAUUAUCGCCGACUUGUGAUGCAAAAAACAUAAUACUCAUCAAUUUGAUCCUUUUUGAAAAAGUUUGUAUAUGCUCAUACUGCAAUGAAAGGGCUUUUUUGGAAGUACUGCUUUUGAACGGACUUUUUCAAACCAAAACUCGUUGCUCAUCCGAAAGUUCAGUACAUUUGAAAUCAAUUUUUCAGCAGCUGAAAAUUCGGUGAAGUUAACAGAAGAGAACUACGCCAAGCUCAAAGAAAAGUAAGACAAACUUUUCGGAAUAUCGGAAAAAAGGAACGUCUUUCAGCGCUCUUCGUGUUGGCCAACCGAUACCAACAAAAACACUUCUCUAUCCAGAUACAUUUAUGUAAGUCAGAAGAUAAUGCAUAUAAUUAAUUUGGUCAAAAGCGAUAGCCUCUUUAAUCAGUAUUAUGAGAUAAUAUCGAUUAUAGCACGCCUGUUAAAUGCGGCCGGUCGUACUACGGUAGUUGAGAUAGGUUUUUUGGUAAUAAAAUGAAAGCUCGUGUACUUUAAAUUAUCUUAUAACCUCGAGAAAUAGGUCAAAAUUCAAAAAAAAAAAAAUGAAAAAAACUUCCUGACUCCGAAACUGACGGCGCAAUAUUGACCGGCCGUGGUAGGACUGUCUUAAAAAUGCGUGAGAGACAGCCCGCGAUCAGGUUUAUUUUUACAGAAGCGAAGUAUUCAAUUAUUUGGAUUUUGUUUACAACUACUCGCUUGUUUAUGAUGACCCGAAGAACGCGUCUUCAAACAUCUACGUGGUAGGGACCUCUUUCGAAGCCUUUUACUUAAUUUUUUGGAACUUAGGCGUUGCAAAAAAUCCACGUGGCAACGACGUUGAAGAACGUAGUGCACGAGGGCGAAAUGUACGUCGAGAUACUGAGAAGACUCCCGAAGUUCUCCUUCGUCCUGUCGAUGGAUCCUUUCAAGGACGUCCUCACCAGGGACAAAAUCACCAUUAAUCGGUUCGUUCGAGAGCAUUUAUUCACAGAAAGGUCUCUGAAAAUAUCUGCAAUUACAUCAAAAAACAAGUCAAAUUUUCAAAUUUUUUUUAUAACUCGGCUAAAUUUCAAGUACUAGCCCCGCCCCUAAUUCCGCGAUGCGCUAAUCAAAAAAUGAGAACUUCAGAGAGAUUUUUCAGAAAUAUUAAAAAAAAUUUUUUUUUUGCUGGAAGAUCGCACGAAAGCGAAAUGUAAGAAAAACUGUGUUCCCGACAAAAAGGUGUUGUUUGCCCAUUAUUUUAAUCUAACCAAUUUACAAAAGCAUCAAAGAUUAGAAAAAAAGCAUCUGAAUGUUUCAGGUACUACAUGAAGUUCAACGAAAAGUUCGCGAUGCCGACAACGAAACGUGCUACAAACGCGACGCCGGUUUCGUCUGUCAACGCGAAUGCUGCUGCGAUGACGGCGCUGAUCGCGAAGCCCGCAGUGGCGACGUCAGCGAUGAAGGCGCAGACAGUCGCCAAGCCGGCUGUGGCGAACAUGACGCCGACGAUGAAGAUGGCGACGGCCGCGAAGUCUCGGCUGGCGACACCGUCGACUGCCGACGACGACGUGCAGGUAAUCAAGGCGGUUUUGAACGUUAAAUCCGCGACUUCGCGAAAUCGCAAAGUCGUCAGCGACGCGACGGUUUUUCAACGACAUCCGCUUCUUCCGGCCACCAUGCAUGAACACUUGAAUUUUGGCAAUUUGCCACUCUCCAAGUAGCUCUCACGAACUAGUUUGCUUUCUUUUGACCCGAUAAUGCACUUUUCAGUUUUCUGUUUUUUUUUUUUCACUUAACUGACUUCGGUGGUUUUUCAAGGUUUUUCAUAUAUUGAAUCGAUAGCUUUUUUAUUUCAUUACUAUGGCUUCUUCUGGUUUUUUGUUUUAUCAUCAAUUGUGAGUUGAUCUUUAUAGAAAAGUCUCGUUUUCGCUUGAAUAUUUUUAUUAUCUCUGUUUUGUUUUGUAGAUUUUGCAUAACUCAGACCUCUUCUUCCCGAUUUUUCAGUUUUCUGUUCUUAUUUCUGGAUAAAGCGCUGUGGUGUGGGUUAUCGUUCUUUCGCUGUGUUCUAUGGACCGUUUUGUUUGGUUUUUGGUACUGCAAUGGAAAGUAGUUUUGCAUUUCGUCCACAUCGACCGCGUUUUACAGGUCUUGCCCUCGACCCCGACUCCGGCAAAAGCGACUUCUUCACAGGCCAACAAUGCAGCUUUACUCAAUUUGGCGAAGCAAGGCCUUAACGCGCAGCAGUCGCUCUAUCUUCAGAUGCUCAUCAACCAGCAAAAUAUGUCGUUGGAUCAGGCCACCAAAUUGCUCUCCGUGAGAUUUCGAAAAGCUUUUCUAAUCGCGCCGAUCCUUCAGGCCCUCUCUGCACCAGGAGCCGCAGCUCAAAAAGAAGCUCAGAUAAAAAAGGCGGCGGAGGAAACGGCCUUGAAGAAAAGAAUUGAGGAAGCGGCCAGAUUGGUUCGUUUUGGUAGUAUCGAAGAUAAAUCGGAAACUUUAUCCAGGUAGGGUUAUCUUCUUAAACGUUGAACCCAAUGGAGGAGAGUUUAGAACGAAAAAUCGUCGUCUGUAGAAAAAAAAGCGCAGAAAAAGCUGCCUGGAAAAUUUUGCCUUUUCAUUCUCAAAUUUUCUGUAACCCGGAAAGUUCCGAAGAAUAACAAUAUUAUUCAAGCACAUGCGCAGUGAAUUUUUCAAAUAGUGUUCUCCCAAGCGGAAAAAUUUUAAAAUAUAACAUUCUUUGGUGAUUCCAAGUAUCUACUGUAUUUGAAAUCUCACAAAAUGUUCAUUGUUCGAGAAGUAUAUUUUCUUUUACAGAAAAAAAAUAUGUCACUAGUAGCCCUUUCUAACACAAUGUACAUAUAUUAUUAAGGGGUUUCAAUCACUUUCUUUAAUUCAGUCAUUUAUUUUGUUGUUUUAUUCAUAGAUGUAAUCGAUUAGGCGGUGAACAAGAACUUUUGAAGUUAUAACAAACAACCGCCUUUGGCGAACUUGAAGUACAAACGUCUAGAUGAUCAAGUUGAAGCGUGGUCUCACGAUCCUUCUCCUCGUUCUUCUGCGCGUAAUUUGUUCAUUCGGGCCUUGUCGAGCUCACAAUGUAGCGGCUGUUGAUCUGGAGCCCGGAGACUUUAGAUAGCCACAAUAUUUUGAAGCUUUUAUUGAAAGAACUUUUCGCAAGUUGUUUCUCGGCGUUUAGGAGGCGCUGAAAAAAGAAGAGGAGAAGAAGCGUUACAUGGAGGAGAUGAGGAAGCGACAGGUGGAGGAGAAGCAGCGAAUAUUGGAGUUGAAGCUGAAGCAAGCGGAGGAGAAGAAGCGCAAGGCCGACGAGGAACGGAAGGAGAAGGAGCGGCUCAAGGCAAAACAGAAAGAAGUGAAUUUUUUUUCGGAGAGUUUCUCAUUCACCAAAAAGCCAAAAAUUUUUCUUUCAUUCUGAAAAUAAUAAGAUACCUCCCGUUUUAAUUUUUGAGGUUUCUUUUUUUUUAAAUUUCAUCAGAUGAUUGGAUGGAAUUUCAUUCAUUUAUUUAUUUUUUUCAAUAGGAAGAAAGGCUCAAAAAGCAACAAGAGCAAGAGAGAAAAGAGCGAGAAGCUAGAGAGAUCAGAGAAAGAAAGGAACGAGAGGUUUUUUUAUACUUUCAUUUGAAAUUUCUAUCUAAUUCAUCAGGAAGCUGAAAAAAUUCGGUUGGAACAAGAACGAAUUCAACAAGAAAUGAGAUUGAAAGUCAAACAGGUGAGGGUUUUGAUAAUAAAUCUUACAAUACGGAAUCCUUUUAUGUGUUGUUAAAUAGAAAACCUCAGCUUCUUCAAUCAGAUUCAGUCUUAUCAAUAUUUGAAACGUAGGAAUUAUUAGGAAAAAAAGCUUUUCGGCAUGUUUUCUUUCAAUGAUUUCUCUGUGCUUUUUUGUGAAUUUAUCUUCUUAGACCAAAACAUCCCGUGAUACAAGGAUUUUAUUUUUGAUGAGUGUGAGGAAAACUUAUGCGUGUAAUUUCCUCUCUAAUAUUUAAAAAUACUCUUGGCUUAGUUUCUACUUUCCACUGUAACUAUUCGUUUUUUUUUUUCUGGAGUCAAAUUUUGCUUAUUUUCUCACUAUUUGCAUCGUAAACUUUGCAUGAUUCGAACGUGAAUAGUCGGAAAGUGGUUCUUAAUAGUAUUUUCACCGUUUAUUGGAGAGAUCCCCAAAAGCACACGACUUUCCGCGGGUGUACUCUCCAGCGUUCGAUCGAUUCAUAGCGUUUCUUUCAAAAAGUUGCUGCCUAAAACCAUCGGUGAAGGCACUAUUCCAAAAAAGUUCUGGUCGUUUGUGAAAAUAAAAUUGUGGUUUACCAUGAGUAGCGCUACGAUUCGAGUGGCGGAUUUGCAGGAGGAGGAGGCGGCGGCACGGCUCGAGGAGCAGCGGAUGGCGCGACUGAAGCAGGUGUCGUAGAGUUGUAGAAAUAGUAGCGCUAGUUGUCGUGGUGUUGGUUGUGAAGGCGAAUUCCGAUGCUGCAGGAGGCGGAACUCGCCGCCCAGCUGCUCGAGCAGGAGGUGUCCAACGACGGCCUCGAGUCCGCGGAUGACAGUCGGCGUCGCGAGGAGCAGGUAUUCGUGGGCUGUCGGCGGGCUUCUGUUUUGCUUCUGUCUUGCUUCUGGGAUGUCUUCGGGUUCUUGUUGUCCUUUAACCAACAUUCUGAGAGUAUCUGAAAUCAUUGAUCAGUUGAUGUAAUUUCAGCUUUUACAGUUUUUUUUGUGUUAAUAGGGAAAAUGUUUCUACUCAAAUUCAAAGUACAGUGUGCAGUGUGCAGAAAAAAAAAGUUGGAAUUACAACCAAUAAUUUUUUCCACUUUUGCUAAAAUGCUAUUCCGUUGCUGGGAAAGCUGAAAUAAUUCGGUUAAAUUUUUCUUGAAGUCUCAACGAAAUAUAAACAAUAUUUUGAAAUAGGAAUUAGAACUACGUCUUUAAUUUAUAAAACCCAUAAAACGGUUGAAGUUUUUGGACAUCAAUGUAGUGCUUCGGAACUUUUUCGACCGGCUCAGCUUAACGUUGAUACAAAUAUUUUGGGAAACUCUGAAGUUUUGGGAAACGACUGUUUCUUUCCAUUAACUGUGUCUUGUGCAUGUCUUGCUGUCAAUUUUUUGAGCCCAUUAUUAGCCUGCCGUUUUUGUUUGUAAAACCAGGCAAGAGAGACGACCUUUUUCAGUUCAGAAAACCAGUAACUUUUUUUGCAUUUUCAUUUGGUUUCUCUUGGGGUUGCGAGAUUAGAUUCACUUAACAUUUGAGCAUUUUCUAAUCAAAAACCUGUACUUCCGGUGGUUCUCACGGCGAGUUUUUUGUUUGUGCAAUUCUCCCUUUUUUCUUUCCCCUUGUUCAUAAUUCUCUUAACUUUCUUGCUUGAUUUAUUUUCUGCUGGACUUCAUCCUGAGUUUUUGUUGGCUUAGAUAUUUUUCAAGUAAAAAAAGGGUUUUCUUUCACGAUUUCCGAUAAUUUAGGAGCAGCUGAAUGCGGAAACUAUGAGGAGGUCCAACGAACGGGCAAAGGAGGUUGGUUUUUUUGAGAAAAAAAUAAUAAAAAAAUAAAAUAGUUCAAAGUUAAGCUUACAUAGUGGGAAGGAAGUUAAAACGCACAGUUUAGUGAAAUCUUUGUUAAAUAAGAAAUUCUUGAUUUGAAUUGAUUUAUUUUUAUUAGAGAGGAGCUGAAAUUUCCAAAAUUUAAAAUAUCUACGCAAAUGAAAAAAAGUAUCGCACUUAAUUUUUUUUUUCUUUGGAGUCAAGCUAACAGUAAGCGUUAUCUUAAGAUCGCUGCGAUCAAAGAACGACAGCGGAAAAAAGACGAAAGUCAUGCGGAGCCUGUUUUUGUGACUCCUGUGAACGUCAAGAAAGAGCCUCAAGAGAGCAAUCGUGAGUUGCUUCCUUAGGGAAAAAAAAAUCGCAGAUGAAAGAAAAUUCUAAUUUGCAGAGCCAUUCACUCCGGAUGAAGAGCCUUCGUUUGAAUCGCAAACUCAGGAAAUGAAACGUAGGAAAUAAAACUCCUCCUUGAUUCCUCUUGAAUCUUAUUCAGCAGGAAUCCGUUCUGCCGCAGAAAUAUUCGACGCUCCUCCGCCAGCGUUUCCGCAGCCUCAUGCUGCUUACAUUGUGGUAAGUGAGGGCUUUUCGAAAUUCCGAUUUCGGUUCGGUUGACUAAUUUCAUCGAUUUUCCAAAGUUUUUAGAGCGGUCCGCGUCAAAUGGACAGGUGAAGAUUCAGAAAAUGACAUUUUUAAUUUUUUUUUUUAAUCUGUAGUUUCAGCCAAAAACAAAAUAUGAAAGAAGUUACGGAGAAACAAGUGUGGUCAAUUUUGUGAAAAAAAAAAGUUUUGCUCACUCGUUAACCAUACCUUUGUGUCCUCACUGCAGAAUCCACGUCAAACGCCGCAACAGCCUCUCUCCUCGCCGAUGCAACCGACCAUGCACGGCUCGCCGGCCAACGCCAGCAUCCGCAGUCCGCUCACCGGGUUCAGUCCCCAGUACCAUCAUCAGGCGUGUUUUCGUCUCCGAGAAUUAUGAGAAAAGAAAGCUGUUUAGUGGAAGAGUAUGACCACUUAGGGUACACUUAGUUUUUUGAGGCGCCUAUGGACCUUAAUCUCACUAAAUAGACGCCAAAUACAAUGUUUGUAUUGUUUUUUAUUUAUUGAAUCGUUUUUUGCUUCGAAUGUUGUUCAGAAGCACUAUUGGUGAAACGAAAAGAGCGUGUUUUCGGAAAACAAAAAGCGUUUUCCCAUUCUGCAAUUUUUUCAUUUUGAUUUCGAACUCUAUCAGAAUGGAUUAAAACGGCAGGAAGUAGUCUAAAAAAAACUUUUUGUUGCAUCUUCAAUGGAAGAAUGCAUGUGCAAUCGACUUUCAUUUAUUUAACUGUGUUUAAACAGCGGCAGGAGCUGUGGAUUAAGCAGAGAAGUUGUGAAUUUCGCUCGUAGAACAUUAGGUACAAGAGUUUAGGAAGUAGUUAACAUGCAUAAUUUAUUUAUUCUAAGUUAUUAAAAAAAUUAAAUCAAGACGCAGACGAGCUAUUUGAAAAAAACGUGCUCUUGUCGUAGCACCGCAUCAUCGUGUUCUAUAAUCCAUUCUCAUCUCUGAAAGCCGUUUUCCAGUCGCCCGCUUCGCUGCAACAUCCACACAACACUCCGCCGUCCGCCGGCUUCAGUUCUCAUCAGCAGAGUCCGUCCAACUUUCCUGGAUUCUCGCCACAAAACAAUGUAACUUCUCGUUCCGUUUCCUGACGGACAAUGUCGUUUCAGCUCCAUCAGCCGGUCUUUGCCCAGCCAAUUCAACAGCCCCAGGGACGGAUGCAGCAACAGUUCCAGCAGAAUGUCAAGUGCUUUUUUCGUUUUUGAACAAAGAAAUAGUGGAAAUAAGAAAUUGUUCAAUGGCAACGCACGCUCUAGGGAUAAGCCGAAGAAAAAACACACCGACGUUAAGAAUAUGUUCAAUAUCCUUUCGAGUUUAUCACGCAAAAACGAAUCUUUCUUGCAGUGCUCGGACCCAACAAAUGAAUGCAGUUCAUAACGGAAUACUUCCUUCUCAGCAGCAACAGCAGCAACUCGCGCAUCAGCGGAUGCUCGAACAACAAAAAAUGGCGGAGCAAAAACGGCUCGCCGAACAGCAACUCGCCCACCAGCAGCAGCAGCACUUCCAUCAGCAACAGCUCCAUCAUCAAGCGCAGAUGCAACAGCCCGUCAGCACUUCCACUUAUUUCAGUGUCCUCAGCUGUAAAGACAGAAACUAACGCUAUAACGGAUCAUUAUGGUCUAUUUUCCCUGACUUGAAAGGCAACGGGCCCAAGAUACUGGUGUGCUUUUUGCGGUCGAGACGCGGCUUCUGGCGGGAAGUUCGAAAUCAAACUCGCCUUAUUUCUUUCUUUUUCCUUUACAGAAGAGUUUUUCUGUCGUUUUUAUUUAUUCUUGACUUUUUUCAAUCAUAUACACAAUAAAAUUAAAACUGCUUCUCUACCUUUUUCUCAAGCUUGCUUUUGAAAUUGCCGAAAGCCAUUUCACGACUGCAAUAAGGAAUCAUUUUAAGCAUACCUUCAUUGCCUUUGAAGACGGGUAAAAUCGGAUUUAAAAUCAAUAUGAGAAAAAACUCAAUGCUGUUUCUGAAGUUUUCGUAGUUAAACCGGGGUUAUUUAACGUCUCUGUAGUGGAAAACGAUAGUUUGAUAACUUGAAGCCUUGGAAAGACUUUUCCCUUGUUUGGAAAUCAUUCAAUUUUUUUGAAAUUUCGCUCUGUUGCUGAUUAUUUUGUCUUUAAUUUAGACUUUCGCGGGUCAUACGCAAACACAACAAGGGAAUAUCGCGCAGCAGCAACAUCUGAUGAUUCAACAGCAGCAAAUGAUGGUCCGUUUAGUUAUAAAUAUUCUUCUUUUUCCAGUCUUUCAUAUAUUUGAAUUGAAUGAACUUUUAAAAAAUAAUUUUUUCAGAGGCAGCAACAACUGAACCAACAACAGCAUCCGAUGAUGGUAAGUUUUGCUGUUUCAUGAGAGCGGAAUUGAUGAUAGGAAGGAAUUUUGGGUUCCCGAAUAUAGUCUGUUCAGAUUUUGAAUGUCAACCCACUAACUCCGCCCCUGCUGAGACGGUGCCUUUUCGCGUCGAUGUUUUAUCCCGCGGGAAUAAUUUUGAUCUUUUUUGAUCUAAAAGAUAGAAAAAGAAGUCAAAAAUGCAGCCUUAUUAAAGGUUCAUCGUCAUCUGGAUAUAAAACAUUGACGCGAAGGAUAUUGUAGCCUUGGGGGUGGAGUUAGCUGCUUGACAUUCAAAAUCUGAACAGACUAUAUUCGUGAUCGUUAAUUGUGCAUACACCAAUCUUGGAGGCUGGAAUCUUUGAAAAUUUGAAACUUUGCAAACGAUUCUUGGGAAUAUUCACCUCUUUUUUUUUUACAAUUUAUUCAGUUUUCAGAGUGAGAUGUAGAAAAAAUCUCUGCUGAAUCAUGGUAUAAUCGAAGAGUUAGUCGUCGGUGCGGGUUACGGUCCACAACCAUUGUCCAUUAAGUCCCGGCGUGACAGCUGGAGUUGGGAAAUAAUGUGAUCCCGUGGGUAGUACCAGCGAAUAAACUGCUUCACCAUGUUUGAACAGUACAGUGCCCAGCUUGUCCACCUCUUUUCUGAUUUUUUUAUAUUUUUCCAAUGUUUUUGUCUACAGAAGUUGAUGGAGAAUAUAUAGAGUGAAUGAAAAUGUGGUAGCCGUUCUGCAGCGAAUAUUUGACUACGUGUAUGCGAGAAAGACGCAUUAUUUGAUAAAAAGUUAAUUGAAAAAAAUCAUACAGUGUUAAUUUGUGGUCGAAACACGGCAUCUUCACAAUAAAACGUCAAAGGGAAAAAAAUGUAGGAAAAAAGAGAAGGAAAUUCAAAAAAGAAGGGAAUAUUCCCAAGAAUCGUUUGCAAUGAUUCAAAUUUGCAAAGAUUCGAGCCUCCAAGAUUGGUGUAUGCACAAUUAACGCUCAAUAUUCGGGGACCCAAAAUUCCUUCCUACCAUCGCGGAAUUGUGUAGCAAAAAAAAAAUGUUCUGCGCCUUUAAAUUCAAAAAAAAAAACAACGGCGCCUCAAUGUCUAUUUCAAAUAUAUGAGAGAAAACUUUCUUUUUUAAUUGAAGAUUUUUACAAAAAUGAAAAUAGGGGCACGCUCGAAUAGUUCUUGGAAUACGUGAAUUCGAAGAGAACAGCGAGAAGCUUUGAAAGUUCAUAUCUUCACAACCCCAAUCAAACAAGAAAUAAAAUAAUAUAGUCUGUUCAGAUUUUGAAUGUCAACCAGCUAACUCCGCCCUCGCUGAGAAGGUACCUUUUCGCGUCGAUGUUUUAUCGCGCGGGACUAAUUUUGAUCUUUUUUGUUCUAAAAGAUAGAAAGAGAAAUCAAAAAUGCAGUCGUCAUCUGGAUAUAAAACAUUGACGCGAAAGAUAUUGUAGCCUUGGGGGUGGAGUUAGCUGCUUGACAUUCAAAAUCUGAACAGACUAUAAUCAUCUUUUAUUUUUAUUCUUCUAAAUUUGAAAACAAGGGUGUAGUUAUUAUGUAUUGAAUAGAAAAAUCCCAAAAAUUCAAGGAUUAUGCUAUAUUUGGUUCUAUCUGAAUUGAUUUAUUAUUUUUGAUUCAAACCCUAUAAAGACUGUAGUUGCUGAGUAUUAGUAAUAACAACCAUUGUUUUGAAUUUCAGCAGUUCAACCAAGGGCAACAACAGGCUCAACAACAACCGCCGCCACAUUUCAGUCAGUCUGGCCAGUUCCAACAAAACUCGACCGGAUUCCAUCGUUUUGGAAUGUAACACCUGCAUCUGA